CAGGGGCGGUCCGUAGCCGGGUUGGUCACGUGAUUCAGGGGGAAUCUGUGAGAGCUGAGGGUUGUCACGUGCCCAAACACUGCCCGGCGGAGACCCAGCGGGAGAGGGACAUGGCUAACGUGGCCACCCGGGAGUCCUGGUCCGGCCGACCCGAGGAGGAGGGGGGAGCCGCCGAGAGGACACCACUGCUCAACGGAGCCGGCACACCGAGAAGGUUUUCUAGUUCAGCCCUGUUCCGUAUCGGGCAGCUGAGUACAGUGGACCUCGGAGAUGAAAACCUGGAAGCGGAAACAGAACUUCAUUCCAUGAUUCUGAAAGACUUUCAUCACACUGAGAACCUGCUCUCGCUCAAAUAUGAGAGUUUGGAUUAUGACAACAGUGACAACCAGCUAUUCCUUGAAGAGGAGCGAAGGAUAAACCAUGCGGCUUUCCGCACUGUGGAAGUAACGCGGUGGCUCAUCUGUGGACUGAUCGGAAUUCUGACCGGGCUCAUCGCCUGCUUUAUUGACAUCAUGGUGGAGCAGCUGGCCAAUAUCAAAUACCAAGUCGUUAAAAGCAAUAUCGAUAUGUAUACAGCGAAAGGAGGACUCUCCAUCUCCUUGCUGCUCUGGGUGACUUUAAACGCUGUCAUUGUCAUGUUUGGGUCAUCAAUUGUCGCCUUUGUGGAGCCAGUGGCAGCCGGAAGCGGAAUUCCUCAGAUUAAAUGUUUCCUAAAUGGUGUGAAAAUUCCACAUGUUGUGCGACUUAAGACCUUGCUGGUGAAGGUGUGUGGAGUCAUACUUUCUGUAGUCGGAGGGCUGGCUGUGGGCAAGGAAGGGCCGAUGAUUCAUUCCGGAGCGGUGGUGGCAGCCGGUAUUUCUCAAGGCAGGUCAACGUCACUCAAGAAAGACUUUAAGAUCUUCGAGUAUUUCCGCAGGGACACAGAGAAGAGGGACUUCGUGUCGGCGGGGGCCGCCGCUGGCGUGUCGGCAGCUUUUGGAGCGCCAGUCGGUGGCGUACUUUUUAGCUUGGAAGAAGGCGCCUCAUUUUGGAACCAGCUGCUUACAUGGAGAAUAUUCUUUGCAUCUAUGAUCUCCACCUUCACGCUGAACUUUGUCCUCAGCAUUUACAACCGCAAACCGGGCGACCUGAGCAACCCUGGUCUCAUAAACUUCGGAAGAUUUGAUACAGAUGAAAACAGCUACAAGUACUUUGAACUUCCAAUCUUUAUUUGUAUGGGAGCAAUAGGAGGCAUGCUGGGAGCGCUGUUUAAUGCCUUAAACCACUUGUUGACGGUGUUUAGAAUCAGGUAUUUACAUCGUCGCUGCUAUCAGGUGAUUGAGGCCAUGUUGGUAGCCGCCGUGACGGCCACUGUCGCCUUUGUUUUGAUCUAUUCUUCCUCUGACUGCCAGCCACUACGGGAGAAUUCUGGUGAAUACACAUUGCAGCUCUUUUGCCCAGAUGGCCAAUACAAUGCUAUGGCAUCGGCCUUCUUUACCACUCCGGAGAGCAGUGUACGCAGGCUCUUUCAUGAUCCCGCUGGUUCUUUUAACCCCCAGACGCUGGGCCUGUUUACGUUGCUGUAUUUCUUCCUGGCCUGUUGGACGUACGGCUUGACCGUGUCUGCAGGCGUCUUUAUCCCGUCUCUCCUCCUCGGAGCUGCGUGGGGUCGACUGUUUGGAAUCCUGCUGACCAAUUUUUCUACUGAAACUAUCGCAUGGGCCGAUCCUGGGAAGUAUGCUCUGAUGGGAGCAGCAGCACAGCUAGGUGGCAUAGUACGUAUGACACUGAGCUUAACAGUCAUCAUGGUUGAAGCCACCGGAAAUGUCACCUACGGUUUUCCUAUCAUGCUUGUUCUCAUAACAGCAAAAAUAGUUGGAGAUUUUUUUGUUGAGGGUCUGUAUGAUCUCCACAUCAAGCUGCAGAGUGUCCCAUUCUUACACUGGGAAGCUCCAAGCACUUCUCAUUCUCUCACUGCCAGGGAGAUAAUGAGCACACCGGUCACCUGUCUGCGACGGAGAGAGAAAGUGGGCAUCAUUGUGGACAUCCUGAGCGACACUACAUCAAACCACAAUGGAUUCCCAGUUGUAGAAAAUGAUUCAGGACCGCCACCACGAUUGUGUGGUCUGAUCCUGAGAUCCCAGCUGAUCGUUCUUCUCAAACAUAAGGUGUUUGUAGAAAGAGAGAGCAUGAGCCCAAGUCUAAGGAGCUUAAAGCUGAAGGACUUUAGAGAUGCCUACCCUCGCUUCCCACCGAUCCAAUCUAUACAUGUGUCGCAGGACGAGCGGGAUUGCCUGAUGGAUCUCUCGGAGUUCAUGAACCCCACACCUUACACUGUGCCCCAGGAAGCAUCAUUACCGCGCGUGUUCAAGCUGUUCCGUGCGCUCGGACUGCGGCAUCUGGUUGUGGUAGACAGUCAUAAUAGAGUUGUUGGUUUGGUCACUAGGAAAGAUCUCGCUCGUUAUCGGAUUGGCAAAAACGGCCUUGAAGAGCUAUGCCUAGCACAGACGUGAUCAUGUCUUUCCCUAGUUCUAACCACUUCCACCUUCUUUCCUCGGAACAGACGUUACCGGUUCUGUGAACUUGUAGCACUGCCAGACUUGAAGCCGCCUCCUGAAGGACAUUGAAACUCGUGUGGCCAAGGCAUACAUGACAAGACCUUUUAUUGUCAGAGCCCCUUCUUGGUUUACACUUCUUCUGACAUCAAAGGGCUUAACUGUUAGGAUAAUUACAUUUUGGCGCAGGGACUACCGCCUGGCUUUGUGUGUACAGAUCUGCUGCCGUUAGAAAAUUCAGAUCUAGUGCAGGCUGUCUGUGUCUGAAUAUUCAAACAUGUUGCAGGACCGCAUUUCGCUUGCGCUGGAAUUUUUUAGAUCUAGAACGCUGUCCUACAGUGUUCAAAUAAUCAUGUCCUGGUGCUGGAUCACUUGAAUCCAUUGUUACAGAUAUAUUACAUUUAAAUUUGCAGAUUUUUUUUUUUUUUUUUAAAGGGCCCCUGCUCCUUGCCUGUUUGAGGGAGGCAGCCACUUUGUGACCUGGAUUAUUUUCCAAUUUAGAGGGACCAAGAGACCUCGGAGGGGGGUUCAGACAUGACGGCAUAGCCUUCUGGCGCUGGUCUCCUGGCUCCGCCUCUAAUCUCCAGGUGGGCAAAAAUGAGUUGUUGGAACAGGUCUUCUAACCUGUGUGAUUCCUCUUCCUCUUGAGAGAGGUCAGUCUUGCCCAUAAGCAUUGAAAUGUCACCUGAUCAGACCAAAAAGGACGAAUAACUCCUCCUGUCUAUGCGAAGGCCCAAGAAACGGCAGACACUCGGGCUUGAGGCACCUUGGUUAUAAAUGCACAAGAUGGCUGCUUCUCUGAACCCAACAGGUGCCCUUUAUUUACAGCAGGGGGUCUCAAAUUGGUGGCGCUCCAGCUGUUGUGAAACUACAAGUCCCAUGAGGCAUUGCAAGACUGAGGUCGCGUACACA